GUGGCGAUGGGCUGGAGAGGAGCCCCUCCGGCGCGGCUGGGCGGCCAUCGGUGACAGACUCUGCUCUGUCCAUGACACUGUCUGCAUGUCCUGCUGCCACAUACUGACCUGAGCUAGGUGCCAGCGUGUCACGCUGCCACCAUGAACAAAGUGUCUGUCAUCAAAGAAGGCUGGCUUCACAAGCGUGGUGAAUACAUCAAGACCUGGAGGCCCCGGUACUUCCUGCUGAAGAGUGACGGCUCCUUCAUAGGUUACAAGGAGAGGCCAGAGACCCCUGACCAGACCUUACCCCCCUUGAACAACUUCUCUGUCGCAGAAUGCCAGUUGAUGAAGAGGGAGAGGCCACGGCCCAACACAUUUGUAAUACGUUGCCUGCAGUGGACCACAGUCAUUGAGCGGACCUUCCAUGUCGACUCUCCGGAUGAGAGGGAGGAGUGGAUGCAGGCCAUCCAGAUGGUUGCCAACAGCCUCAAGCAGCGGGGCCCAGACAAGGACUCUAUGGAUUACAAGUGUGGCUCUCCCAGUGACUCUUCUGCAGCAGAGGAAAUGGAAGUGGCGGUCAGCAAGGCUCGGGCCAAGGUGACCAUGAAUGACUUCGACUAUCUCAAACUCCUUGGCAAGGGCACCUUUGGCAAAGUCAUCCUGGUGCGGGAAAAGGCGACAGGCUGUUACUACGCCAUGAAGAUCCUGCGGAAAGAGGUCAUCAUUGCCAAGGAUGAAGUCGCCCACACAGUCACUGAGAGCCGUGUCCUCCAGAACACCAGGCAUCCGUUCCUCACUGCACUGAAGUACGCUUUCCAGACCCACGACCGCCUGUGCUUCGUGAUGGAGUAUGCCAAUGGUGGUGAGUUGUUCUUCCAUCUGUCCCGGGAGCGCGUCUUCACGGAGGACCGGGCCCGGUUUUAUGGCGCAGAGAUUGUCUCAGCCCUUGAAUACUUGCACUCGAGGGAUGUCGUAUAUCGUGACAUCAAGCUGGAAAAUCUCAUGUUGGAUAAAGAUGGCCACAUCAAGAUCACUGAUUUUGGCCUGUGCAAAGAAGGCAUCAGCGACGGGGCCACCAUGAAAACCUUCUGUGGAACCCCAGAGUACCUGGCGCCUGAGGUGUUGGAGGACAAUGACUACGGCCGGGCUGUGGACUGGUGGGGCCUGGGCGUGGUCAUGUAUGAGAUGAUGUGUGGCCGCCUGCCCUUCUACAACCAGGACCAUGAGCGCCUCUUCGAGCUCAUCCUCAUGGAGGAGAUCCGAUUCCCGCGCACGCUCAGCCCUGAGGCCAAGUCCCUGCUUGCUGGGCUGCUUAAGAAGGACCCCAAGCAGAGGCUUGGUGGGGGGCCGAGCGAUGCCAAGGAGGUGAUGGAGCAUCGGUUCUUCCUCAACAUCAACUGGCAGGAUGUGCUACAGAAAAAGCUACUGCCACCCUUCAAACCUCAAGUCACAUCUGAGAUUGACACAAGGUACUUCGAUGAUGAGUUCACCGCCCAGUCCAUCACAAUCACCCCCCCAGAUCGCUAUGACAGCCUGGGCUCCCUAGAACUGGACCAGCGGACCCACUUCCCACAGUUCUCCUACUCAGCCAGCAUCCGCGAGUGA